CGAGGAAAGGAGAGGCGGAAAGAAAAGGAAGACGGUCUGGAAUAAUGGCGGGCGCGAAAGUAGCGUUUCUUGACAUCUCUUUCCCAACGGUUCGGAUCUGAAAUAUUAAAAGCCGUGCAAGCGUGUCGUCACGGGCAUCGAGAGUUACUGUUCGUCGACAUCCGCUGGCUUUCCCCGUGGAGUCGGUUGCCGUCGGUAUGCUCGACUACAGUUGGGCCGCCAUGUUACUGUGCCGUACCGUGUCGUAUCGUAUUGUAUCGUGAACGUUAAGUGCCACUCUCGCGGCGUAUCGCAUCGAUGCCGUGGAAAAUGUUUGUAACGUUCGGUCGCGCGUUUCUGAUUUCGCGUGGCUAGCGGUUCGGGGGCGACGAAUAAUGGUCGCCGCGAGUUUCGCGAGUUAACCUUAUCGUGCAGGUGAAUCGAAGCGUCGAUCUAAUUGACGUGUGUGUCGCGCUCGUGGAGGACGGUCGGCUGCUGUUUCGUCUCGUGCGCCAAGUCGAGAGGAAAACGGUGCUCGGUAGCGGUGUGUCAAAGUGAAACGAAAUACGGUGCCAGUGUACGGUUUACGAGUCCGUGUCUGUGUCCUCGACGGCGGAUGGCCCGUUCGCGAGUCAUGUGCCCGUGAAGAGAAAAAGUAUCGGGGUAUACACGACGGUGGCUUCGAUAAUCGGUCGUCGAAGGGGACUAUGCCAUCGAAAAGGAGGCUCGUCGGCCGGCGAAAGACUAUCGUUCACGGCGAGCGCCGUACCAGGAACGCGUUGAGGACCGCCUCUGUCCUCGGUUGUUCAUCCGCGUACAGCUGGCGCGGAUGAACUUUCUAGCCAGGCGAAGGAAAAACAAAGAGACGAGCGCGAUUCCAUAGGACAAGUCAAUUUAUCGCUGUAUCACGGAAAACGAAGGAGUAAUUACGGAGGCGCUGCGAGCACUCGAUGCGCGACACUUCCUACUAGAGGGGACGGCACGAUGGCUGAGGACCGAAAUAAUUCCCAAGGGUUCGUUGGGCAGGCGCACACGGCAGAACACGGUGGUUCGGCUUCAGUCCCGGCACCGUCAGUAUCAGCAACAGCGACCGGGACUGGAGCGGGGUCGAGAACGGUCGGUGGUGGAAUAGUGGCGAGAAUCGGAGGUGGACAACGCGACGACUCCCCGCCACGUGGUCCUCGAACUUUGCUCUUACGCCGCAGCGAGAAUGGUUUCGGUUUCACCCUUCGUCACUUCAUCGUUUAUCCACCCGAGUCCUGUUGCAUGUUACCGGGGCACGAGCAGCCGAUGGACACGAUAUUCGUGAAGCAAGUGCGGGGAAAUUCGCCGGCAGCGAAAGCCGGGCUGCGUACAGGGGACCGUGUCGUUUCCGUGGAUAACAAGCUAACGCGUGGCGAGCAGUACGCGAAGGUGGUACAACGUAUCCAGCAGGCUGGACCCUGGCUACGGCUACUCGUGGUCUCCAAAGAGGACGACAUCCUGCAGAGAUACUUCGGCGAGACGGCUCACAAUCCCGAGACGAAUCAACGACCGCGAUUGCGUUCCCCGGAGAGGAGCAGUCAGAAGCAACGUAGAUCCGCCAGCAUGAUACCCGGUCUGUCGCCAAGAACGAGGCAAUCGUGGGUCUGCUCAGCACCGAGUUCCAUGCAGCAGCCGGAAACCGACCGGCCGAUCGACGACACGGUCUCCCAUCGGGAUCAAGACGUUCGAUCCAGCGAGUUCGCCAAUGAAAAUCAGCAGUCGCGCUCGAACGGCAACAACACUCAGUCGCAAUCGACGAGAGGCGCCACGUACCGGUGCAAACCGUUUCAAGAGUCUGGUGGUCGUUACGAGUCGAUAGACGAGAAAGUGAGAUUGCGAAACCAACAGCAACCGGGCGAAGAUGCCGCGAACCUGACCAGCGAACGAUCGAUCCAGUCGGACGCCAGAUACGACAAGUACGACCUCUACGACAGAACGCGGCCGGAGUCCAUCUAUUCCAGAACGAACAGCGAGCAGAUUUACGACAGGAUCAAGGAUCCGAUAUACGAGCGGGUCAGGCUCGGGGAGUCGAAUCGAGCGAACACGGAGGAUCACCAUCGUCAUCACUAUCAACAGCAACAGUAUUAUCAACCGCACCAACAGCAGCAGAUCUCGAGCUUGACGCGGUAUCCUUUGUCUCGAGCUGAACCGCAGGUGCCUAUCUACCGUCCCACAACAAGAAGAGUAACCUCUCGCCGGGCCAGCGAGGGCAGCACCGGGAGUUGGACGAUCAACAAUUUCGAGGCGGCGAGUUACGCGAGCACAGACGCGCUCAGAUCCUGCGAUCUCGGGUCUAGGUUCAGCAUCGACUCCAGGAGGGAUUCGUCCCCGAUACGCAACGACGGUUCGCUGUCGUACGACUCCGGCUCCGUCCACGUCGGGAAUGGAACGAACGGGAACAGAAACGGGAACUCGAACGGCAACAGGAACGGCAACUCGGGCAUCGACGACUCCGUGAUCAUGACGAGGUUGCGGAAAAGUUUCGAACAGAAGGAGGAAUUCCUGCGACGACCCAGCCAUCCGAUCGGCUGGUUUCUGUCGGAGGAGAGGGCCGAGUCGCCGGUUCGUGGCAACGACGCGGCGGUGAUACCGCGGGAGUUCUACGCGAGGCCGCAGAAGCUUCAAAAGCAGAUCUGGCCUCCGAACGAAGCGAAGCAGGAUCAACAGUGCCCGAGGCAACUUCAAGAUAGAAGCUUCUCCGGGAAGAUGGACAAGUUCCCGUCCAAUCGUAGCGAGCAGAGGCUGAAGAACGACGCGGCCGACGAAACUGAGAACGAAUAUUCGAAUUCACGAUACAAUUUAUCCGACGAAGCCUCCAACAGCCAUUCUCUGGACGACGCCCACUCGCAGACUGUGGCGGAUCAACUCUGUUGUUCGCCGUCCGCUUACGACGACCGGCGCGAUAAGGAAACGGACAGACACCAGCAGCAGCCGCAUCGAGGCGCUGGCGGGAAGUCUAGCUUCGUUGGCACUUUGUCCAGAAUACACGAGAACAUCACUAGCGCCGCGGCGCUGCUGUCCAGCGAACGACAGUCCCAAGACUCGAGAAACGGCGCUUCGUCUCUGCCCUCGUCCCCAGGACCCGACAAGAAAGCAAACGACAAGUUCCCGGCGCUGCCGCAGGGUCUUCAGAUCGUGUCGAAGCGCGCCAAACAGUUCGAAUCGGGUCGUCUGCUCAGCGACGACGACGAACCCACCGGCGAUCGAACCAGCCUGUACAAGAGCGAGCUUUCGAGACUGUCCAACAAACGGAGCGUGCCUAACGUCGCCGUGCGGAAGAGAGAAUUCGAGUCGAAGGCGGAAGCGCAAGAACCGAGAAGGGUACCGAUACCUGCCAGGGAAACCAAGUCUCUGGACACUGGUAACGGAUUAAAAGGAAACAGGGUAAUACCUGUAGGCAGCAGACGCAUCCACUGUGAACCGCCGACCGACUGUAAACCGCUCGAAGAAACGCCCAAUUCGAGAAUCAUGGACAACGAAGCUGUGCGUCUGAGGAUCCGCAGCAACAGCGCUGAAUCUUGGGACUCGGUGAGCAAUAACUCGCAGAUCAGCAGACAUCGAUGGCCACAGCGGCAGCCAGACAACGACCGGGAGCCGAAUGAGACCGACAACGAGAACGAAAGCUCUUACGUUAACGCGCCAAGCUCUGCUGGCGAUGACAAAAAUGCUGAAAGGGGGAUCAGAAGACAAGAUGGCUAUUCGCAUUCUCUAGACGCGGAGCGUGGUACGAUCACGGAUAAUGGCGUGCACAGUAACGGAGUUGUAUUCAGACGGCAGAAGAACGCACAGAUCGCGGACGAAGAUCGUGCCACUAGAAGGGUCUCGUAUUUGAAGGCGACAUGGGGGGAGCGGAUGCACCUGGACAGCGAUUUAGAAUUAAGUGAUUCCGAGCCCAUUCACACACCCAGGAGCGUUCAUAAGAGAUGGCGGCUACCGCUGUUUCCAAACGAUAUAGCAUCGCUACGACGCAUCUUCGAGGACAUGACUCAGUCUGCAUCCUUAAACAGAAAUAUCGAUCGCAGCAACACGUGUACUGGUAUGGAAGCAACCGGUAUUGUGAAAGACGUUGUCGAGCAAGUCGAGCGAGAGGGUCCUCUGCAUGUAAAAUUCACGGUGCUGGAUGGCAAGCGAUCUUCCGACCGAUCGUGGAAGCAAGUAUGGGGCGUUCUUCGUGGACCGAUUCUCUUCUUUUACAAGGAUCGUCAAAAUCAGUGUCCUUCGAUGGCCAACGAUGGCGAUAGCGUAGCCCAAAGCGUGGAUGUGAGGUGUUCCGUGGUGGACAUCGCGGAGGAUUAUACGAAACGCAAACACGUACUGCGUUUGGCGAACCCGAGUGCCGAGGUUCUUCUGCAAACCGAAGAUGCGGCGUCUAUGGCUCUUUGGUUGCGAUCCUUGCACGAGCAUGCCGCUGCUGAAAAGCCGUCUGAAAUCGCCUACAACAGCACCUUGAAACAGCAGGCUGUCCCGCAAACUCCGGGCCCUACCAGCAGCAGUUCCGCCGCGUAUCAGAUAAUCGCCAAUCCGAGCGGCACGAUCACGGUACCCAGCGCCGCCACCGGGCAAAGAUUGAGUCCACUACCGGGCCACAAAGGCAUCAAGAAACUGACUUCGUUCAGGAACAGAUCGCCGACGGGCCAGUCGCCGAUAAACAAGACGCGAAAGCCGUUGCAAGCGACCGAGAGUUUGGUUUCCCCGAAGACGAAGACGUGGAAAGGCAGGGUAGCGAAACAGCUCCGAAGGAUGCACGGUCAAACGGGAUCCCCAUCAUCGCCAACCACGCAAUUACCACCGGAGGGUUCUACCUUCAAAGUGCCGCUCGAACUCUGUCCACCGUCAUCCUUCUCGGAGUAUGUGCCAUUGAUCGUCGAAAUGUGUACGAGCAUCGUCGAGGCGAGAGGGCUCGAAGUAGUGGGUAUUUACAGAGUACCUGGCAACACCGCCGCCAUUUCCCAUUUAACUGAUAGUGUCAACAAAGGAUUCGAAAACAUCAAUCUUCAGGAUCCGAGAUGGAGCGACGUGAAUGUAAUAUCAUCCCUGCUUAAGUCCUUCUUCCGGCAACUUCCGGAUUCAUUGCUCACAGCUGAAUUAUAUCCCAUGUUCAUCGACGCGGAUAAAGUCGAAGAUCCGCAAAGGAGAAUGACAACGAUACGGAAGCUGCUCAGGGACCUUCCAGAGCAUCAUUUUGAAACUCUGAAAUAUCUGAUGUUUCAUUUGAAGAGGAUAGUCGAGCAUAGCGAAAUUAACAAAAUGGAAGCAAAGAAUCUGGCCAUCGUGUUCGGACCUACGUUGGUGCGAGCUAGCGGAUCCAGGGACAAUAUGGUCACCAUGGUCACCGACAUGUCGCACCAAUGUCGAAUCGUCGAAAGCUUGCUGAAUAAUGUGGAUUGGUUCUUUUCGGACGAUGAUUUGGACGAUUUAAGCAGACUGAGCGUCAAUCUUAGCCUUCCGGCUGACAAUACCGAGAUCGACACAUCCUCGAGCAAUAAUCACAAUCUGUUGUUGAACAACAUUCAGAAAGUCGAAGGAGUUCGCGAAAUGGCUUCUGCCAAGGACAUAGUAUCGUCCAUCAUAUCCGCUGCCAAUCGUAAAAUACAAAGAAGACGGAAGGGUCAAGACGAAACUGACAACGAGAGUCACGAGAUGGAUAAGUUGAAGGUGAAACAAGAGGCGGAGAUCUUGCCGAAUCGACGAAGUAUGGCGUUGAACGAGCGACAGUGUUCGGUCAGCGAGAUCGUUCUGAUGCACGAGAACAAGAAUCAGUCGGGUCGUUCCACCGAUCGAUCGCCGACGAUCGACGAGACCAUGAUCGGCGGCGUCGCGCCCGGUGGCGGUGGAAUCGCCGAUUGCGUGGACAUCACGGCCGACGCGGUAAGCAGCAACGAGGACGGUAUGCCGUACGACAGGUCAAGGAAAUAUCUGAACGCGCCGGUCGAGUCGGUGCAGUCGGCUCGUCGCUCGGCCGUCUCGUCUGCUUCGGAGUCGUCGCGACUCUCUAGCGAGACUGGCCUGAGCUGCUUCGACGCCAGCUCGACGCUAUCGAGCGCCUCGAACGACACCAAACAGAGCAACGACGAGGUCACGAUCAGAACGUACGCCGGACUGAGCGCGACCACCCAGGAACGUAUACGUAGGUUCGAGCAGGAGACCAAGGCGAUGCUGCAGAGGGAUCAGAACCGACAGAGGCGCGAGGCGGAGAAGAGGGAAGAGGAACGGCGCAGAAUCGAGAUUGAAUGGCAGCUGGCGAAACGCGACGUGGAGAACGACGAUCUGGACACCGCUGUGACGACAAAUUAUUUGCCGUCCACCGGUCGACUGUCCGCGUUUAACGACAGGCCGCCCGAUCAGUCUUACCUGGACAUCGGUCCUCGAUCGACAGCCCGGAUCCCUCCGCUAUCCAUAGCUGUGCAACAACAACCCACCGCUGUUAGGCGAGUCGCCCAAAUCACCGACGAGUCUCCCCCUGCGAUUCUAGCUCCGACGAACAUUGCAAGCACCGUUAUAAAGAAACUGAAGACUGACAAAGAGCAGAUACUGGGACCUACGUCGCUACCACCCGUCCGUUACGGCAGUUUGGACUCACUGCACGAAAUGCACGAUGUUUCACAGUCGGUGUCGCCGCCGCCAACCCACCAGCAACGGAAACCACUCUCCAGCGACGUCUCGGACGAUGGUAGCGAUCUGUUGACCAGCUUGACGACCACCUUCGAUCGUAAAUGGAGAUCAUUGGUAAACUCGUCGAAUCAAACAGCUCGCGGAUCGGCCGCGGAGAACGCGUCUCUCAGCGACGAGGAACUCGCCGUGACGCGAGACUCGCAAAGCUCACGGCACGCACGAGGCUCUUCGCGCGACGAAAAGGACGAACGGAAAAUCACGGCUGCUGUUCAAUCUGUGGAUUCUGGCUUGGUAGAAAGCUAUCGGGACCCGAGUCUUCAUAAAUCGAGCCUCGAGAAACAUCAGCAUGUUCGUCAAAAAAAUGAUGCUCCGGAAAAGGACACGGAUUCAUCGGUAACGGAUAACAGUAGCGGCGAUCGACUGGAUGCCAAUAUACCGGACAACGAUCGUAGCGCGAUCGUACGGAGAAAACUGGAAUCGGGCAAGGAGACGGUCGAGGGAACCCCGGAGUCGAACGAGAUACAAGAAUCCGUGGCGGCGACGCAAAACGGGAAAUCGGAAACGGACGACGCGAAGGACCUCGACACAAAUUACUCGAACAAGCUGGAGAAGUUCGAGAGCCUGACGACGAACUUCGAGGUCAGAUCGCGGCUGAAGAGAUCGGAGUCGUUGAACAAGAGAUCCGAGAACACGUGCUCGAAACUGAAGAGAUCCGAGAGCCUGAACAAGCAUUCCGCCGAGCGACUGUCGUCGCCGACUAGCGGCAAACUGAAGCGAUCCGAAAGUUUGAACAAACACUCGGAAAGGUCCGAUUCGCCCAACAGCAAGCUGAAGAGGUCGGAGUCGCUGACGAAAACCGAGAAGACAGAGUGCAACAUUAGCAAGAGGCGGCAGUCGGUGAGAAAGGACAGCGCGACGAAAUUGAAACGGAAAAACGGUAUGCCCGAGCGAUCGAUCAAGCGCAGACAUACCGUCGGUGGUACCAAGGACUUUGAUAAGGUGCACUGGUUGGACAACAAGUUGCAAGUGGAGGCCGAAAGGGUCGUGAGGAACGAGUACAGGCCGAAAAAGAGUCAGCUAAGAACAAGUUCGCCGGAUCUCAGCACCGGUCGCAUCGGCGGUCUCACCGAUGCCAGUUUCCUCAUCGAGGUCAGCUUUCGUGGACCGAGCAACGUUGUCUUCAACGUGACCAACGCGCGUCCGCAAUCAUUACCGGACACCAGCUUGGCCUCCAAAGUCUUUAAAGUACCCCUCGAGAGUCACGUUUAAUCGCUCUAGCGCUAAAGCAGUCGAAGGAACCCGCGAACCUCGGGAAUUCUGCGCAGUAGUCGUUUACUAAUCUUAUCUUUUCUCUUUUUCACGAAGCAUUUAUGUCCCAGCGCGUCAAUUACUUACGCAUCGUACUCGUUACUAGCUCAUGAAUUGUGAUCGUGUGCAAUUUUUUUUUUUCUUCAUGUAUAUAACGUCCGUAUAAUUGUGUAACAGGCAAACGAUCCGGUGAUCGACGGAAUUUGUAUUUUUUAAUAAUCGAGUAGAAGAGAUUUACGGCUGACAGCUGUGCCGUGUGGACUAUUUUGCCUCCGCGUAUUUUCUCUUCUCAGGAACGAUGAUCGUUCCUGCGAUCACGAUUAUUUAGAUUCUGAUUCGUUCGUGCGUCUAACAUGAAUAGGUUUCUCUUUAUCCAAAUGAUCGCAGUCCCGUCAUUCGGCUACGUUUCGUAACGUACGAUUUCUGCGCGUCGAUCGUGCUCGCCGAUCGAGAAAAAAACUUUAAUCGUGUGAGGCGUAUCGCAGGCCUGACAAUCGAUUUUUCUUAUGCUUGUAAAUGCCGCGUGCGUGCGUGCGUGCGUGUGUGUUACUCGAAUGCAAGUAAGGGCCGAUGAUUAAGCUAUAUUUAUUUUAAAUUCUUAACAAGCAUGAUAACGUUAUUUAUUGAAUGUGCCGAGAGUCCGAUAAUUAAGAAGUUCUGCAUUACCUAUUACGGGCACGAAUACCGAAUUUGUAAAUAAAUCUUAUAUAUUGCUAAUUUAAACAAACGUUUCGUGCUAAAAAUUUACAAUUCCCGCCUUUCUGUACCAAUUCGAUACC